CAAGAAACCCAUAACUCUACAUAAAACACUAACAAACUUCUCCAUUCUCACUUUUAUCUUUCAUUUUCAUCUGCAAAGGAAAAAACAAGAACCUGUUACACACAAACAAAAACACAUUUCAGAUUACAGAUUUUGUUGAGAUAUGAGUGCAGAUUGGGGACCCGUGAUUGUAGCAGUGGCUCUGUUCAUCCUACUCUCACCAGGAUUGCUCUUUCAGCUACCGGCAAGGACAAGAGUGAUGGAGUUUGGGAACAUGAGCACAAGCGGGAUUUCGAUUUUGGUCCACGCCAUUAUUUACUUCUGUAUACUCACUAUCUUGAUCAUUGCCAUACAAAUUCACAUCCAUUUCUGAUCUUGUAGUGUAACAAAGGCAGCUUCUUUUGAUUCAAAGUUCGCCAUAAUCUAUUUUUUCUUUUCUUUGUGUUGCUAAUCUCUGAUUCUGGGCUCAUAGGGUCUCAAGCAGGGGUGAUUAAAAAAGGUUGUAUACAAAUAAAUAAUCGGUAAUUUUGUUUUCAACAAUUCAA